GCAAUUCACGACGUGCCUGAUGGACAGCAUUCUUUCUGCAUGAAGGCGGUCAGGAGCACGGAGGCGCUCUGUCAUGCGCAGGGACUUGUCCGACGGGACGGGCUGUUUUGGUGAUGCCCUCAUGAAUAUCUCCACCGACUUCAUUCCAGUACAGAAACCGCGAUGGACGCGUUCGCAGCGUGCGGGGGGCGUCCCGCAAUUUAGAGCACAAAAAACUACCUUGGCUCGUUUUGUUCUACAGCACACAUCAACUGGAUGACUGGAUUAUUUUACGGGGUUCGGUGGAGUUUUCUUUUUCGAUUUAAGAAUGGUGCCGACCCGAGGGUGAGAAGAGGAUUAUUUUUGCAGAAGAAGUGGUAGAAACUGGUCCAGAAACGAUGGAGCAGGGUGAAGUGAUUGACUUUAAGACCCUGAAGUCAAAGUUUCAGAAUGAAGAAACUUUGAAGAUCCGGACUAAACCUGCCAUCCCAGAAAAACCCCAAACUGUGACCUCUCCUACCACGAAAAUCAGUAACCCCUUGAUCGCCAGCAUGAACUCAGCCAUGGAGACCCGCACACGUUUUGCCCCUCGCGUGGUCUUCAAAGACAAGAGUCCUGUCAAGCUUCAGCUUUCUGAGCCAGAGGCAUCAGAGCUGAAUGUGAAGCACCCUCACGUGCAGCGUGAGCUCCUGAACAAGAACCAGAAGAAGGAAGGUGACCUGAUCAAACAAGCCCUGAAGGACAAGAAGCUUCCUCUGGUUCUGCCCAUGAGUCCCAAAACCCUGGCUGUAGAAGACACCCCCAAACGUCAGUCUCCCCCUGUUUCUGCAUCGCCUGUCCAAUUGUCAACGGCUAAAAAGUCCACGGUCAACUUUAAAAUGCCAUACCAGGGUGAGAAAGAGAAGACGGACACUUCAGCAAAUGCUGUUCCACCCAGCGCUGGUCUCGUUUGCAGCAGUCUGACUCCAAGUGCAAAACCUACACUUAGUAAGCCUGUGCCUCCAGGAGCUCAGGUUCCUCCAGUUCUGGUGGCAGCUGUUCCACCAUCCAGCACCAAGGCUCCUGAUAAGCCUACUUCCAGUAUUCAUCCUCCUGCAGGUUUUGAGUCAGGAACUCCUGGCAGGAAAGGCAGGAACCUUCCUCCUGUUUUACCCAUGAGUCCUGUUACUCCAGCCCCCAAACCUAAGCCUACCUCUCCUUCCUCAGUUUCAUCAUCACCAGUUGAAGUCUCUACACCUGAGAAGCCCACGUUCUUAUUUAAGUCACGACUCCAGAGUAAGGAGAAGGCAGAUGCUUCAAAAAGUGAUGUUCCAGCGAGCUCUGCACGUGAUGGUCUCAUUUGCAGCAGUCCAACUUCAAGCGCUGCUACAAUAGUUAGUAAGGAUGUGUCUCCAAACGUCUGUGCUCUCCCAGUUCUGCUUAAACCUGAUCCCCCAUCUAGUAUCCCAGCACCUAGUAUCCCUGCUCCAGUUAUUCUUUCUCCUGCAGUCCCUGAUUCAGACAGUCCUGUCCUGACAGCUUCAGAACCUGACAUUUUCUCCAACACUGGUCCUAACCUGGAGAUCUCAAAUGCUCAAGUUCCUAAUACACUUAACCCAAUUGUUCCAAUUUCACCUGCUCUGACAGAGAAAGAAGCAAUCCCUCAUUCAGAAAUAAUGUUUGAUAUUCACAAUCUGGAUAUCCCUCCUCCAAUUAUUCCUGAAGACCUUCCUGAUGAAGUCAUGUUUGUCUAUCAUAUCCCCUCAUCAAUUUCUCCUAAACCUGUUCUGGCUUCCCACACAGCCUCCCCUGCCUCAGCUACUUAUGCAUCAGUCAACCCUGACCCUUCAGUUACCCUGGUUCCACCAACAGCUCCAGACACAGAUUAUGCUUUUGUCCCAAGUCCAUCUCCUCUACCAUCACUUGCAACUUCAUAUUUUCAGCCAGAAUUGCAAAAUGAAAAGGUGCUCGACCAGAUGAGGACAUCUUCAGAGGUUAACUCCUCCAGCUCACUCAAAUCCACUUCCCUGCUGUCCACCCUAGCCCGAGCUGAGAUGUUGCACUCGAAGCAUAAUGCUCGUGAUGAGCGACUGAUUAGUCUUCUGGAAAAGUCUAAGCGAAAGCACACUGCAAGAAGUCACUCACCCACACCCACCACACCUGAAUUCAAGACCUUAACAGCCCCACCUGCUAAUGCCCUGCCUGAAUUUUUAUUACCUGACCAAGGACAAGCUGAGACAGCACAUCAUGAGACACUCCCACCUGAAGAAGCCUCACCUGUCCAUGAAGCUCUGGCUCUUCCUCAUAUCCCCUUAGUUGACUACGAGGACUAUGCAUGGGCGAUAGCGACACUGGAACCUGACCCCCAGGCGUCUGACUCAGCCCUGAACUAUGGUUCAGAUCAUCUGAGGCAAGUCUCACCUGUUCCAAAGGUACCGGCUGGACACAGCACUCCUGAGGUGAAAGUGGGCCCUCCUCCCGCUCCUCCUAGAAGGCAUUUUCCACCUGGGCCUGACCUGGAUCUCACACCAGAGAAACCGACUCAGUUCCUGAACCCAGAUGUGCAGACAUCCACUCCACCAGCUCAGACAAUGGAGGACACCGGGGUCAUCAUUCCAGUUCCAGCUGAUUUCAGGUCAGAGGAUUCGAGGACUGAUACAUCUGAAUUUGAGAAUUUGCCUAAAGCCCUUGAGGUUCAACAAGAAGAAGUUCCACAAAUUAUGAACGGAACAUCUGCACCAUCGGUGCAUGGCAAAGAAUUCUGGGAUAUGUUAGGUGCAGAACACCGGAGUUCAGAAGAAUUUGUCUCAAUUGUAGAGGCCACAGAUUUUGGCGUUCCAAGAACAGAGACAGAUGGAAUUCACAACUUGGAGCCAGACUCUCCCGGCAAUGGGACCAUCCCCUCACCGUUAGGAACCAAAGAGUUGAAUUACAACAGUGGCAAUCACACCUACGAAGACCCAGAAGCAGAUGUAAAGCAAGCAAAAAACAAGAAACAACGCAAAGGAUCUCCAAUGAAUCCGUAUGCGGAAACACCCACUGUGGCUGAGGAAACCCAUAAGAAAAACUUCUCCAGUAGGAACCCAGGCCGAGAAGAAAAGGCACCGAAGAAGAGAGAAAAACAGAGGGAGAAGGAACGAGAGAAGGACAAGGCAAAAGAAAAGAAGGAGAGAAAGGAGCUCAAGGAGAAGGAACGAGAGAAGAAGGAGCUCAAGGAGAAGGAGAAGAAGGAAAAAGAAACUAAGAAAAGAUUCAUGGUCACCGGCGAGGAGGACGUGAUAUACCAUGCUAAGGUGACCGAGGCCAGUAAGGGCCGGAAACACCACCUCGCAGUGAAAGCCGGCGAUGUGGUUAACAUUAUCCGCACCACGGGUUGCCCUAAAGGAAGGUGGCUGGCCAGGGACAGCACCAACAGAUAUGGAUACAUCUCAGUAGAGACUGUAGAACUGGAUAUGCAGGAGAUUAUGGACUUGGGGAAGAAAGCCAAGGCAGGCAAACACAUCAAGAGCAACGGCCUUACCUACACCGAGCCUACCAGCACAGGAAGCAGGUCCCCAAGCCAUUACAUCACAACCCAAGAGAGCUUUACGGAUGACGGUGAGGAGUGGGGUGCUGAUGAUGAUGAUGAUGAUGAUGAUGAUGACAACCUGUUUAUUGUAACUGAUACGACAGAUUUACAUCUAAACCAGACAGGAAUCUCUCCAGAAAGGGUGAGUCCUGAGCCUUACCCUGCAGAAGCACAUAAAGAUGGCGCCAACGGGAACGUUCAAGCAAGACAGGAAGCCCUUCAGAAGCUGGCCACCUUUUUCAGCCAGCCUAAAAGCCCUGCGGCAGGAAACGUUCCCAUAGCUGAAGAAUCAGACCGAGAGGAACCAGUCAGCUCGUCAAAACCGGACAUGCCUAUGGACGUGGACAUGCCCCUCCUUCCUCCCCCAGAGCUGUACGCAGACCAUGAUGUCACGGUGAGCAACUGAUACGCCGGACGGGUUUGCGCCCAUCGAAACUGGCUUGUUCUCGAAGACCUGACUGUUGGAUAACCCCCCCUCAUGUGAAAGAAUGCGGGUGUGUAGAAGAAUGUUCACGGUGUGGGUAUGCACAUGAACACGUGGUAAAAGGUGGAAGGUUUUAGGCGAGAGGCACUUUGUUCGGACAAGUGAGGAUGACACUCUCACCUUCAUCUUUAUAUGCGUUUCCUCUCCUGCGACUCCGUAACUACAUGUCCGGGGCUGCAGGCCUGAGUUUAAGCAGAAGAACCGAGUUUGGACCAGACAAACCUUAAGUUUGAGUUGCAAUAAAUGUGCACCCAUGAAACACUCAUUUGGUUACAGUUCUGGUAAAUCCUUUAUAUUUAUGACUUUGCAUGUUGCAUUGUUGUUUGCUAACUCUGUUAGUUACCCUUAUCUGAGCAGAAUCCUUGAUUUCUACUAUGCAUUCCUGGCACCCAGUUCUUCAAAGAGCUACACACUGGGGGCGAAAAGCUCCACAUCCAUAGUAUUAUAUCCUAAUCCAUGUGCUCUUAUGUAAAGUGCCUUACUUGCUUUUCGACCUGUUGUUCAAGUGGUUGGAUGUUCUUGGCCACAAUGCUGCGAGUAUUUUCUCUGCGGUCCGAGAUCCUGGUCGUGGCCACACCCUGCGCAGUCGCACAGCUUGCUAAACUUUUGAAGGACACAUUGGCUUGCUGAAGAGUUAAUUCUGGUGUAACCGUAAGAGUGUGACCGUGUGUUUGUACUGAUCUCUCAUGGCACGGAUCAACCAUAUUUAUGUACCCACAGCAUAUAAUGUACUCAUAGCUAUUUAACUCUGCAAUAACCAUUACAUGUCAUGUGUAUACCUCUGUUUACUUUUUCUUUUGUACAAUAAAUAAUAAAGUGCAAAACAGGAACACCAUGCAGUGCAUAAUUUGUGAAACCACACACACACACAUCAAAAGAGACACGCUUGCAUGUAUAGACACAGAGAGAGAGAGUGAGAGAGCGCCCAGAGAUGCACAGAACGCACCUACACACCAGGUACAUUAUGUAUACACACUCUUAUUCAGCCCUAGACUGGGCAGUGGAGGAAAAGACGCCUCCUUAGCUAGGCAUCACGCGGAACAAAAACGGUCAUUUUGGUUGCAGUUACAGGCACUGUGCAUUCUGAAUAGGGAUUUGGUUGUGUGUUAAUUUAACAUCAUGUAGCAAACAGCACAAGAACAGCCCACACAGCAGAAAAUGAAACAAAACAACGAAUUCAAAUGCUACCAGCCAGCAGUGGCGAUGUCCUGUUUUACCAGCUUUAUGUUCUACAAUAUUCAACGUAAUGGUAUAUAUCCAGCAGUAGGGGGCAGUAUUUCCUCUCUAUAACCAAAUUUAGCAUUAACAGGUCCCUGAAAAGGUGCACCAAUCACUAUGGUGAUGUCCCCUAACGCCAGUGUGAUUCGGGGAUAUGUCAGCAAUACACUUUACUGGGGCUACAGUGGCCACUCGUGCUCUGGUCCCCAGGCUGGCCAA